AUGCCCGAGACGGCGGCGAUUGAGGACACUAUACCGACAGAAACCGAUGGAGUCGACUACCUAGGACGCUUGCCCGAUGAGCUGUGGCGCCUCAUCUUCCUUGCGACACUCCCACCUCGCCGAGGGUUGGCAGGCGACCCGAUUACCUUCUUCAACGGUCUUACCACCUUGGAUAACCAAGUUCUGGGCCAAACACAGAAACAGCGUGCGAACAUGCGAUUGAUCUGCAAAGCACUUCAGUCCAUUGCGCUCGAGCUGCUCUUUACAGAUGUACAACUCAAUAUAGUGUCGAAUUCUCCCGUACUUUUUCUCAAGGCUGUGGAACUCGGCGGAUCUCUGUCGAGACACGCUGGCCUUUUUACCAGGUGCCUCACGUUUAAGCUGUACAAGCUUGGCAAAGUCAACGCGUGGAAGGAGGCGAGAUACUAUCAACCUCUACGCGAAAUUUUCAAGCUAUGCCCUAACGUGGGUACGGUCGAGGUCGAAGCUUCCCUCAAAUCUCAGUCAGAGUUCACUCUCGACUGGCUUCCUAGCAUAAACUCGCUCAUUUGGCAAGGCGGCUAUGCUCAUAUGGGCGGAAUCUCUCGUAUAUUGGCUCGAAAUGCGCAGAUAGAGGACCUCCUGGUGGAAACCGGGACCUCCGACACGACUCUUUUUCGAUGGCCCAACGAAUCCCAGCCAACCAUCCACCUCCCUCACCUGAAGCACCUCCAGCUCACUGGAGACGGUGUCUCGGAUAUUGGCUCACUCUCCGUACCCAAUGUACGAUGGCUUAACCUUGAGUUUGUGGACAUGGAACUGAAGCCGAGGAUCGUCAACUUUAUCAGCGCCAAUUGUCUCCAUCUAACUUUCCUACAAAUUCAAUCACGCCGCAAGCUCGGGGGAUCCAACAACAUGGACGCGGUCCUUGAUUUCAUCUAUCUCUGCCCAAACCUUGAGACGGUAUACCUCUCAGAUUCAUGGAAGGGACUUUAUAGUCCGGGGAAUAAUCGAAUGACUUCAAGUCGCAACUAUGAGCCACACCCUUCACUUCAUACUGGGAUAUUUACGACCCAUGGAUCGUACCAUGCUACAGGGACUCUCCACUCGUGGGGUUUCCAUCGGCCCCAACAGCGAUAUCCUCACUUUAAAAGGGUGAUCCUCCGUCUAACUUGCUCCUUGCCUCACAAUAGUGAGGUCUACCAAAAAAUCAAAGCGGAGACGCUGGGUCUCAUCGGAAAGUUUUGCACGAUGUAUGGUACCGAAAUUGUCCUAGAAUGA